GGUCGAUUGUUCACAAGCAUGGGGCUGAGGCUGAAGAUGAUUCCAUCCGGAUUCCCUGCACUUCUCAGAAGGAAGAUGAAGAGUAAGGUGGUUGUGUAUGGGGUGGUGCUGGUCGUGUUCCUCCUGGCGUGCACCGCGGCGGCGGCGGCCGCGGCGAUUACCAUCUCGAGGAAGCACCAGCACAGGGCGUCGUGCGACGUGUUCGCCGCGGGGAGCUGGGUGGUGGACGAGUCGUACCCGCUCUACGACUCGGCGGCGUGCCCCUUCAUCCGCGCCGAGUUCGACUGCCGCCGGUACGGCCGCCCCGACAAGGAGUACCUCAAGUACCGGUGGCAGCCGAGCCCGCCGUGCUCCGCGCCCAGGUUCGACGGGGUGGCGCUGCUGAGGAUGUGGAGCGGGAAGAAGGUGAUGUUCGUGGGCGACUCCCUGGCGCUGAACCAGUACGAGUCGCUGCUGUGCAUGCUCCACGCCGCCGCGCCCAACGCCCGGACCACCGUGACGCCGGCGUCGGGGAAGAUCGACCCCUCCACCACCGCCCGGUUCGAGGAGUUAAACGUGACGAUCGUCUACUACCUGUCGCACUACCUGGUCGACAUUGUCAACGAGAGGGCCGGGCGCGUCCUGAAGCUGGACGCCAUCGACCAGGGCCGCGACUGGCUCGGCGCCGACGUGCUCGUCUUCGACUCCUGGCACUGGUGGCCGCGCUCCGGCCCGACGCAGCCCUGGGACUUCAUCCAGGAGGGCAACACGAUGGUGAAGGACAUGGACAGGACGCAGGCCUUCACCAAGGCGCUCAACACCUGGGCGAGAUGGGUCGACGCCAACCUCGUCCAGGCCAGCACCAGAGUCUUCUUCCAGGGCAUCUCGCCGUCGCACUACAGGGGCCAGGACUGGGGCGCGUCGGCGAGGGCGACGUGCAUGGGGGAGACGGCGCCGGUGAACGGCACGGCGGCGGGGGCGGGGGCGGGGGCGUACCCCGGCGGGCCGAUCCCGCAGCAGGCGAUCCUGAGGGGCGUCCUGGCCGGCAUGGCGAAGCCGGUGUACCUGCUGGACUUCACCUACCUGUCGCAGCUGAGGAAGGACGCGCACCCGACCAAGUACAACGGCGGCAUCUUCGGCGAGGACUGCACCCACUGGUGCGUCGCCGGCCUCCCCGACACCUGGAACGUCCUCUUCUACGCCGCGCUCACCGGCCAGCAGUGAUGGCUGGCUAUGCUGGCGAUCACACCCAAUCAAGAUAGGAUAUAGUUGCAAUAAUCAAAAGGGAAAUUUUAUAGAUACAUAGAGGAUUGAUUUUAUAUAGGUCUCUGGAAAGAUUUUUCUGCCAAAAAAUUAUAGCAGAAGAUAUAUUUGUUGCCAAAAAUGACAAAAUGAAAAAGCCUGAUUAAUUCUUUCUCAGAAAUGGAGGUGCA